CGGCUUGAAGGUAAAAUUCCACUCUUCGAAUCCCCUCUACAACGAAUGAUUCUCAUAAUCCAAUCUGUUGAUUCACUUAUAUCUGUCAACGUCAACAUUCUAUCUCUGUCUAGAGAGUUCUUACUGGCCGAGAGCUAUCUCUACCUGAUACCGGAACAACUAAUAUUCAGGUAGGAAAAACAUGAACAGCAGAAAGCGUUCGUUCUAUCGUUGUUUUCUAUCGAGCAUUGGAAGAGGAUAGCGCUAUCAUCGAUUGACACACUUAACGGACAACGCCGAUUAAAAGACCUCGCCAAAUCUUUCAAGUACAUAGUGUGGCACGCUUUCGAUUUUGUCGUUUUUUUUUUGUAAAUCAACAGUUAAAAAACAGCAAAGAUGACUGACAAAGUAGAAAAGUCCAGCGUUGAAAUCACCGAGGAAGUUGAGAAAACAAAGGAGGAAAAGGUCGUGGAAAAACCGGAAACGGUCGAAAAUGGCGACGUCAAAGAAAACGAAGACGAAAAGGAAAACGGCGACGAAAAAUCGGCGGAAAAGAACGGACGCGAAGAAUCUGAAGAAAAACCUGCUGUGAAAAGGAAAUCGACGGCAGCUAAUGACGCCACCGACGGGGAAGGUAAAGAAGAAACUGCUACCCCGGAAAAGAAAGCCAAGUUGGACGAAAAAGAACCAACGGAAUCGGCAAAAACAGACGCAGAAGUAGAAGCUUAAGUUUCAAUUCUAUUUAAAAAAAAAUCUGUGUUCAAAACAAUUUCUAACGUUUUUUUUAUAAAUAUAUAUAUAUAUAAAUGUAUGUAAUUGAAUAAUGUGUGACGUUAGGGUCUAGUUGUGUGGAUAUAUUAUGAAAAACCGUCCCUGGCGUUCGACAUGAAUUUUAUUUACAUAUAACGAGUAAUUUUAGAAAAAUUGCAUUUAAUUUUUUAGUUGAUGUUGCACAAUUUAGAAAGGAAAAAUUUCUUGUCUGUUGGUCAUUCUACAAAGUCUCGAUGAUAAAUGAAAAAAAUUUUGUCGAACAUAUCAAGCGGUGGGAGGUAUUGCAGAUGACGUGGUUCGAAUAUAAAUUACGUCACGUCCACUUCGAUUUCUCUCCAUACAAUAAUAAUAAUUAAAACUAACACUGCCCUUUUUAUUAUUUUCUACUAAAUCUCGAAUUAUUAAUAAUAAAUUUCUUUUCUUAUUCUAAGAAUAUAUAUUUAUACACUGAUAAAACUUAUUUGUUUUUAACAAAAAGAUCUAUAACAAUAAAAAAUAGUACAAAGCUUCCGUGUUGUAUAAAAAAAAAAUAGUUUUUUAUCGCUUUUAUAAAAAUGUUACAAAUAUCUAUAUAUGUAUGUGUGUGU